UUUUUCUAACACGUUUCUUCCGUUACCCUCUAUUGUUUUUAUCUGCACAUUUACUUUUCAAAAGCUGUCAUAUUUACUUCCCUGUUCUUCAAGUAUCAGAAAUACACCAAAAAUUUUCAGAACGAUUUAUUUAUGUCUAGUUUCUGCUGUCAUAUGUACUGCCCUCUUCUUCAAGUAACAGAAAUACACCAAAAAAUUUCAGGACGAUUCAUUUCUGUCUAGUUUCUACCGAUCUUGAUUUUAAUUGCGUAAGAAAAAAUCAUGAGCACUCGUGGAGAUGAAGAACCGCAUAUUGAUCAGCUUCCGAUUGAACUAUUGAUCCACAUAUUUGAUCUGUUAACUUCCUUCAAAGAUUUGGCUCAGGCGAGCAGCGUGUGUGGGAAAUGGAGACAAGGCGUGAAGGAAUCAAUAGGUAGGCGUGAAAAUUUGAGUUUUGCUGGAUGGAAAAUAAACGACGAUUCAGUCACUCGCAUGGUUCUGAUAGCUGAUGGGCUCAAGGAGCUUGACAUAUCAAGGAGCCGAUGGGGUUGCCAAGUAACUGACCAUGGUCUGCAUCAGUUGUCUACAGCAAAAUAUAUUUGCGAUCUGUCAUCGGUAUCUCUAUGGGGUUCGACUGUAAUCACAGACAAAGGAGUUGUUCAAAUGAUUUCAAGAGCUACUUCACUGCAACACCUAAAUAUUGGUGGCACAUUUAUCACGGAUACGUCCCUGCUAGCAAUUGCAAAUAGUUGUCCUCGUCUCGAGACUAUUGUUUUAUGGGGCUGUCAUCACAUAACGGAUAAUGGACUUGUCACGCUUGUAAAAAAAUGCCGCAAACUCAAGUCGAUCAAUGUAUGGGACUUGAGGGUGUCGCAUGACUGCUUCAAUGGUCUGCUUACAAUCAAUCCAGCUCUUCAAAUACAACCAAAAGAAAUGCUACUAAAUGAUGAGAGGGUUCCCACAUGGCCUGUCUUUUAAGGAAGCACGCUUUUACAGUAUUACAACAUGUAUACAGUACGAUCUAUGUUAGAACGUGCAAUGUCGGUCUAAUAGAGUAGAAGGUCAACCGGAAGGACAAUAUCUCCAAAGGUAAAGGCCAACCAUCAUUCCAGAAAAGAUAGUUUCGACAUCCUUUGCAACUCUCUAGUAGUAACGCUGUAACUAUCAUCGUCAAAAUUUUGUACUCGCCCCAUUAUUCAUUGAUCGAGUGCUUAUCGUGCUUGACCAAAUGUUGAUUUGAAAGCAUAUUUACAAGAAAAAGAACAGAAACAGAUGAAAUAUAUUCUUGAAGGUUAAAUGGAUCUAUUGACCUCGUCUUUUUACA